AUGAGUCAAUCUCGCAGCCUCCUCGAUCUGCCUUUAGAACUGCUGGUCGCUAUCGCAGUCAACCUGCCAAAUACAUGCCUUCUCGCGCUGCGCAGGACAUCUGUGCGCUGGCAGCGGAUCGUCGAUGGCCCGGAGAUAGCCUCGUUGUGUCGAGAACAGGUCUGUGACGAGACAGGCGUCGCAAGCAACAUCCUUAAAAGUGACACAGCCGUUCAGCUGCUGAGGGAUGUCGCCGUCGUGCGUGCUACCACCAAAUGGCUCGCGGCAGCCGCCUCCAACCACCUUGCCCUAUGCUUACCCGCAGAGCUCGCUUUGGCAAGCACAGACUUCGAGGAUCGGAUACAGGACGCACUGUUUCCCGACGUGCUUGAGAUGUACGCCUUCCUCAAUGCAUACAGAGCUGUUCUGGAAGACAACGCAAGCGCCACUGCGAGUGCUUGGUCCAGUAUCGACUCCGCACAACGGCUAUCAGGAAUUAAGUCCCUGGGCACGGUGGCAAGGACCAUUUUCCUGACGACUGAUCUGGUCUUGGAGGUGUUGCAGGAGCCGGGACAAACAUUUAGAAAUGUGCUCGAUCCGGACCUGUCGAUCGCCAACGAAGUUGCCGUGUGGUUAUUGUCGAAUCUCGAACUAUACCGAUUGAAUGACUUGGUCCGCUCGAACCAGUCCUGUGAGCGGAUUGGGAGCCUCAAGAAGUAUGUAUGUGCCGAGAUCGACGUCCGACCGACGCUGACCGUAGAAUAG